AAACGCUCCAACAGACGGAGCUGCAGGAGGAGAGGACACAGAGCUGAGGAAACAAUCUGAGGAAUAGAAGCGAUGCUGACUCAGCUGGUUUUAGGAUGGACUGCCUUGCUCAGUGGCCUCCAGCCAGCUGCUGCCUCCAUCACAACCAGGUUACUGUCUAACAGAGGCAGCAGGGGGUCCGCUCCAAAAUGCCAAAUCUUCAUCUCUCCUCCACCUCCUCCACCGGUGUUUCCUACAGUCAAACGACAAGAAGAGCUGAUGGUAGAUAUAACAGAACUCAUCACAGGACCAAAAGGAGCCAAGGGCUGCAGAGGACCCAGAGGACGGAAGGGUCCACCUGGUGUGAGGGGUCCAGAGGCAGAACAUGGAGUACAAGGAGCCAUCGGUCAGCCGGGUCCAAAGGGAGAGAAGGGUAACAGAGGCUGGAGAGGUCUGUACGGAGACAUAGGAACUCCUGGGAUGAUAAAGGGCAGUAAGGGGGGUAAAGGAUUCAGGGGUGAGAAAGGUGUGAGAGCAAAAAGAGGACCCGCUGGAGAGAUGCGCUUUAUACAUACAUUUGACUUACUUGCUGUUCUGUUGCAGGGCGACCCGGGCCAGAGGGGGGGGGCAGCGCCGAGGGGGGAGCCGGGACCCCGAGGAGACCCGGGAGCCAGGGGACCCUCGGGGCUGAAGGGAUCCAGUGGAUCUUCAGGACGGCUCGGUCAUCCCGGUUCUGCAGGACGGUCCGGGCUGACUGGAGAUCCUGGACUACCUGGACAAGUGUACGUCCUGCCGGGCCUGCAGGGAGACGCAGGAGAGGGAGGAGCUGCAGCAACAUGCAACUGUUCAGAGGGAGAGAGACCUAAACCAUCGAUAGACAAGGUCCAGACGAUCUUCCUGGCGGACGGAGAGAGGCAGAUGAGGAGGCUGAGGGGGAAGAACGUGAUGGUUCUGAGGACCGACAGGAACGCUCUGUUCAUCUACUCUGACUCCCAGUGGGUCAACGUACUGGAGGAUUCCAGACACUGAGCCCUCUCCAUCAACACCCGCUGAAGGGCCCUUGAGCGAAAACCUAAACCCAAACACUUCCAGGUGUAGACAUGUAUCAUUUAGUGAAUGUAAAGGUUAAUGACCAUUUGCCGAUGUUUGAAUAAAGGUUUGCCUGUCCUCUGUACAUCUCCUUAAGAAUGUAUUGUAAAUAUAUAUUGCAGUAGGCUCUAACUCUAACAUUUCUUAUUAUUAUUUACACAUGCAUGUGUUUAAACAAUGUUUUUCUAUAGUGUUUCUCUUUUGGAACACUAACAACUUAACAAUGUUUUCCGUUGUAAUGUAUAAUUUCU